ACAGAAAGAUCUGCUGUUUUCCGCAUAGCUACCGCAUCAACCGCUGUCAACAUGGCGUCGGCCCUCGGACGCUUGGCCAGGCUGUCAGCCUUCAGAAGCGUCCGCGGACCCCCGGUGACCCUCUCCUACGGUCCGGGGAGGACGGUCACACCGAGCCGGACAGCCGUGACCUCGUCGUCCGGGAGUAUUCUGCCCAAACCGAAGAAGGUGAGUGCUGAUAUGAAGGGUCGGUGGUGUAGCGUGUGUAAAGACCGGUCGGGUUUGGGAAAAGAAACAGGAGAGCGGACGUGAAGGAGGAGGGUCAGGGUAGAAAAGUGUAGUAAUCGACUGAAGGAAGGGGGUGAAAUGUUGGAGCCUCGUUUAAAAACCCUGUGUAAAGUCUCUGUCAGCUUGUCUUUGUUACAUAAGAGACACUACCUGACAUGAACUAACUUAAGAUGUUUCUGUGUGACACCGGGGAGCAGACCUCCUUCGGCCUGAUCCGGAUCGCUCUGGUAGUGGUUCCCUUCUUGUAUGUGGGGACUCAAAUCAGCAAGAGCUUUGCGGCACUGCUGGAGGAGCACGACAUCUUCGUCCCGGAGGAUGAUGACGAUGAUGACUGAUAAGGGAUCGGCACACUUCCUGGUUUUCAGGUAUCAAACACCUGCUGGAAUCCAGGGCUUCACUGGGAAUCUGGCAGAGUGCACACCCGUACACACACGAGGACAUGAAUGGUUGCAUGUGCAUGUUUAGGGUGAAGGGGAAGGAGGAGCAAGAGCUGUCAACUACAGGGGAAUACAGUAUAUACCAUAUAACGUGUUUAGAAAACUACACCUGCAUAAAUAUAUGGUGGCUGAGAACCACCUCUGCUGCAAAAAAAAAAAAAAAAGAAAGAAAAGAAGUUACAAUGGAAGUUACUGAUGCAAAAAAGAAACCGAAGCCCGCUGCAAAUGAAAAAAAAAGAAACAGUGCAGAUAAAAAAAUAAAAAGCCACAACGGGAAAAAAGUAGCAAUGCAAUGCAAAAAAAAAAGCAUUGGCGGUUCUUAGCCACCGUAUAAAGAAGCCUAAAGCAACAAAAGCCACUUGGCAGUAAGAAAAAAAGACAUGCCCUUUAUGAAAUCAAAAUUAUACAGUACAUUGAGUUCGCAUCCUGAGAUAAGUCAGUUUUCAAACAAUAAUCAUAUUAUCCAAGGGAUUAAUUUUGUGAAAAGGUCCAAUUUACUAAAAAAUAUCAAGAAGGCAAGAAAUAAUUAUCAUUUCAUUAAUGAAGUGUCAGUUCAUAUUUACUUGUUAUUCUCAAAACAAUAAAUAUCUCAAAAUUCUGACUUCUUAUGUCAUAUACGACUAUUAACCCAUUACAUGCAUCUUGGUUUACCUGAAAAUCAUGAUUGAUUUUCUCAAAGUCAAGCUUCUUUAUUUAACUGUCUUGCUUUCCUAUAUAUUCAUCUGGCUCUUCCCUGGUUUUGACUGUUUGGUAUCACUUUCUCUCAUUAAGUCAAACUUUAUCACAUUUGUUUUUUUUGUUUUGUUUUUCAAUCACAAUUUGGGUAACUUUUUUUUUUUAAUCUAAUAUUGAUAAUAAAUCUCAUAAUUUAUUUUUUUACCUCAUUGAUUUACUGUCUAAUAUUUAUGACAGUGCUCAAACUUGACUUUUGAUCUGAUAUUUAAGACUUUUAAUCUCACGAUAUAUUUAUAUGUUUACAUAUUUGUGACAUACAUCAUCUUAUCUCAGGAAUAUAAUCACCUCUUCAUUGGAAAUUCUAUCUUACUAUGACUCUAUUUAUACACUACCUUGUUAUGUAGAUUUUUUUAUGAUUCAAACAUUUUGAAUUUCCUCUCUCCUUAUUUGUCCAUACUUUAUUAUUUUUGAAUGUUAACAUUUUCUGUGUGUCAAGAAUGAUAACUUCAAUAAAAGAAGGUAUACUUGAUCAAAUAUGGGACUUAAAACUCUCUUUUUCUCGCCCCUCAGGUCAGCUUUCUCAGUCACUGUUACAGCCCGGCCGUGACAGUCACUAUCCCCGGGAUGAGUGUGUGAGCCUGCAAGCACAUAAAUGCCUUCCUGUUAUCCCCUCUGCUGUGUUCAAGUCGCCUUCUGUCCACACUGGGUUCAGGGUUUUUUGCUGUAAUCUUUAUGAUAGGGCUGUCCAAAGCUGAACAUAUCGUACGGUAUCUGCAUGCACUAUUUUUGUCCAAAUAAAAGGGAAGAAUAUAUGAAUUAUAACACAUGCUGCUUGUGGCAUUUGGGUUCUUAUAACAAAUAAACAUAGAGUCACACAAGGACACUACAUGAAUCACAUUCAAGCAGUGCAUUAAACUUCUUUGGUUUGGCAGGUUCUUGAAAUACCCCUCAGUAGUUUCUCCAGAACCUUAUAAAGGAACAGUCAACCCAAAACUUUUCACCCUUCAUUAUGAGGUCUGCUAGCAGAUUAAGUUUUUGGUUGUAUUUGGUUUGGCUAUUCCUUAAAAAUAACCCCACAUAAUCAAAGAUUUUAAAUGAAAGACCAAAGAGCAGGUAUGUAUGUAUUGAGUGUAUAUUUACAGUAGAGGGGAACAUCUGUCACACUAGACACAAGCAAAGAGGGGUCAGAGGUCAGCAGACAGCUACACAGUUCAAGAAUUCAUGGGUCGUGGCCCCGGUAGAAUUUGGACAAGAAGUCGGUGGGACGAGCUUCUUCAGUCUCGUGGAAAUAGCGCAUAAUAUGAGUCUUCUGCUUCCAGAUAUGGAUUGUUUCCUGGAGCUCCAUUUUCCCCUGGAGGCAAAAAAAAAAAAAGAAAAAAACAUAAAAUACAGAACAACAAAGCUCAAAAGAAGUAGAAACAGCUUUCACUCAACUGUGAUAGGACGAUGGGUCUACAGACACAGAGAUUAGGUACUCUGCAGUUCCAGAGGCUGAUCCAUGAUUGGAUCAACAAAAUGUCACUAACAAAAGCUUUAAAGGUUGUAUAUCAGCAUCAACAGACUUCAAGAUUCUGCUGACAGUGUCAUGGGUGUAACUCAUCUUUGUGAGCACAUAGUAACCGUUUAUGUCACUUGAAUGAAGUAACAAAAUAACGCUCCCUUAACACUUUGAAUUGCAUUUAAGUAACGGUCAACCAGUAGCACCAAGAGUUUCUGACAGAUUUGAAAAAAUAAGAGCUGACGCCAGAACCACUAUCGCUCUGUCUUUCUUGCUGUACAUGUGUCAGGUGCUGCAGGUAAUCAAAGGCGGGAGCUCAAGAGAGGUGAGAGAUAAUCUGUCCUGAUUUAAAAUAUAAAAAUACUAAAUAUCAGGAUUCAUUUCAGCAACUUCCACAGCUGUUCAUGUUUUAAAGCUGAUCCUAUAGGUAUUUUUAGAUGCUGUGAUCCCCUACACAUUCAGUGCACUGAGUAUCGGUAACUGCAGAAAUAAGUUUGAAAGUAUUAUUAUAUUGAAUUUCUGCAGAAUCAAACAUCAUGCAUCCCUAAAAGUGAUAAUGGUGCAGUGUAGUGAGCAGCCUUUACCUUGAUGACCAACAUGUCGAUCACACGUGGAUCAGUGACAUGCUUGUUCUUGUUAAACAUCUCUCUCACUUUGUCUCUUCCCUGACGAACAUUGAUGUCCAGCUGAAAUGAGGCCACUGUGGGGAAAAAGACACAAAGAAACACUCACAACUUGACCUCUGAGUUAAUUCACAGACUUGUUCUUAAAGCUCCCGCCUCUAUCUAUCUAUCUAUCUAUCCAUCCAUCCAUCCAUCCUUUUUCACAAGUGAGCGGGUGAUUUAAAAAAGACAUUUUUUUUUCUAUUUUCACAGUCAAAUGAAUGCCUCUUUAAUGGAAAAAAUAGAAAAAAUGUUGUUUAAGCAAUUAUGUCAAAAUGACAGCUUACACAAGCAAAUAUGUGAUCUGUAUUGAGAUAUUUUGAAGUGUCCAAAAAAAAAAAAAAGGCAGAUAUGUUACUAAAUGUCUGUAUUUGGAAAAUAAUAUAUUUAUCAUUGAUAGUUAAUCAAGUCUUGUUUUAUGUCUAGCUCUAAGACAAAUACCACUGCCACGAUCAGUGAUACUGGAAAACGCUAUUACAGGAGAAGUUUUGUGUUCUUUACAAUGAAGAAAGUGUGUAGCUAUAUCAGUAUUAAUACCAGCACCAGCCAAUUCAGUUCGAGUAUAUCAGGGUUUCAAAACUUCCAGCACUGCCCAUCCCUGUUUAGGAGUUUUUUUUUUUUUUAAACAAGAAUUGAGAUAAACUGACUUGUUAUAAGAUAAAAAUGUGUGCAGUGUCAUUAUCAAAUCAGCUUGCUACCAUGCUGUUAAAGAAAGUUUGUUUGUCGAUGGCAGAUUUUUACACAGGAAAUGGCACUAUGUAAAACGUGAAAGUACUUUUUUCUAAAAGCUACUCAGAAAAGUGCAAGUACUGCAAAAAGUGUCUCAGUUACAGUAACUUAAGUGAGUGCUUUUCACCUCUGCCAGUGGAGGAAAUGACAGACUUCUGACACAAAUACCAGUAAGGGAGACACAUUCAGAGUGGGUUUUCUCUGUGCAUUCGGCUUUGAUUCAAGUGGAAAUAUAAGUUACUCCUGCCUAGGGCUGGGAAAUAAAACGAUAACAUUAUAUAUAGAAAAUUGAUUUCCGUCAACAUUAGUAUAAGACAUGGUCAAUAUGCUUUUCAAUAGUCAGCAUUCUGCCAUAUUUUGGUAGACUAUACGAAAAGCCAAUGAAAAGGAGAGUUACUCCUGGUCUGCCUCACGCUGAACCAAUCAUGUGCUGAAUUAGAACCAAGUAGAAAACAACUGCAUAGUAACAGGCUGUCAGUGAGAAAAAAACUGCUACCCCAGGCAGAAAUGCAAAUGAAAGCUCAACAGAUAUUGACAUUGUCAACAACACUGACAUGAAGCAGAGUGAUGUGCACUGCAAAUUAAGUCGAGUACAUGUUCUCGCAAAGUCGGGGAAUACCUCAAAUCUUUUUCACCACCUGAGGCAGUGCAACACCGCAGAGCACGCGCAACGCAAAAGGUAACAAACCCCGAGCGGAGCAAGGAGCCCAUGGCGCCUGUGAAGCCGAAACAGCCGACCAGUCUCUAGCGCAACCCCUUACGACAAAAUGCCAAGGAGACACAAAUACCUCACAGUUGCAGUAACUUAUUGUAUUGCAAAAGACAUGCUACCAAUAAGAAAUGUUAAAUUUCAUUUGUUAUAUCGUGAUAUAUAUCGAUAUUGACUGAUAUGAAAAAAUAUAUCGUGAUAAACUUUUUCCCAUAUUGCCCAGUCCUACUCAUGCCUGCCUUGUAGAUGUUAGUUGAGCAGUUCUGAGUUAGAAAAUUGAUAACAGCUGUUUUGUUUAGUUAGAACUUGUCCUUGCAAUUUGUCUAAAAUGAAAACCAAGUAUAAACACAAAACUGCUCUGUUAAAAGGAGAAUAAAAUAAUGUUUACCAUCGUCUAUGACACAAGCAGGUCACACAGUACAGUGUUGAGAGCUGAAUAAAAACAAACAUAUUUGUAUACUUUUAUGACUAAAACUGGUAUGUUAAAUACCAAAACUGCCUUCCAUGUUAAACCUUGUAAAAAUCAAACAUUUAAUGCAGUGAGGAUCAGCAGCUAAGAGGUGACUGCUCUCUCAGCUGAUCCUCCACACACGCGACCUUGACGUUGCCGCUUUCUCUUCUCUUCAUUAAAACAGCCACAACAGAACCACAUACCUGUGUUCGGGACCUCUCGGUACCAGGCUCGGUACAGCUCCCGGACCCUGCGCUUGGCUUCGUCCAGGUCCCGACUGAAAAUUGGUUUAACCACUUUAGCAGCACCAACUGCAGCUCGGGCCGCCGUUGUCGACGCCAUGUUUGCUGUUGUUUGGUGUUUCC